UACGUUUACUCUCCCCAAAAAAGGUCGAUUUGUUGUGAUUAAUGAUCCACAGUUAUUAGAACAUAUGCUCAAAACGAAUUUUGAAUGUUUUGAAAAAGGUGACAUUUUACAUGAAUUAUUAUAUGAUCUAUUCGGUGAUGGAAUAUUUGCUGUUGAUAGCAUGGUAGAAAAGUCUAAGACUGUAUUAGACAUUUUACGGAAAUGUGCUGAUAAUGGAAAACCAAUUGAUUUACAAGAUUUAUUUUAUAGAUUCACUUUGGAUACCUUGGGAGAUGUAGAUUUUGGUUGUUUAACAUCCCCUGAAAAACCAGUUCAUUUUGCCAUUGACUUUGAUAAUGCCCAAAAGAUUAUAGAUUGGCGAUGGGAACAACCUUUAUGGAAAUAUAUUGAAUUAUACAGCGAAAAAGGCAGACAAAUACGUAAAUCUUGCAAAAAUCUUGAUAGUUAUAAACUUAAUGAUAGAGAAUUAAGGGAUGUCAUUUUGAAUCUCAUUAUUGCUGGUCGGGAUACCACAGCACAAGCACUAUCUUGGAUGAUGUAUUCUAUAAUGGCAAAUCCAUCCGUUGAGGAUUCUUUACUAAAAGAAAUUAAUUCUAUUCUUUCUCCAAACACUCCAAUUCCAUCAUAUAACGAUAUCAAACAAUUUAAAUAUGCAAACGCAACAUUUUCUGAAACUUUGCGAUUAUAUCCUAGCGUUCCAAAAAAUGGCAAGGUUUGUGUUAAAGAUAACAUCCUACCAAAUGGCGUCCCUGUAUAUGCCAACGAAUUUGUGGUAUUUAUUCCUUGGGCAAUGGGAAGAGAUAAAAAAAUAUGGGGAGAAGAUGCAGAAGUCUUUAAACCUCAAAGAUUUUUAAGUUCUGAAGAAAUGUCGAAAACAAACCAAUUUAAGUUUAUUGCGUUUCAUGCUGGACCUAGAACCUGUUUGGGGCAACAAUUCGCAACUGUCGAAGUAAUAAUUCUUGUAACGAUGAUGCUAAGAGAGUUUAAAUUUGAAUUAGCUCCUGGCCAAAAAUCUCCACCUGAAUUUCAAAGGUCUAUCACAUUGCCUAUGAAAGAACCGUUAAUGGCUAAAGUGUCGC